UUACCUCUAUGUCCCUUUCUUGGAUUUCGAAUGUUCUUUUUUAAUAUUCCACUGCACAAUUCCAUUAUAUAUUAUCUUAACCAAACUCAUCACGUGAACCUAGCUACACAAUUCAAUUUAAUUAUAUUAUUCUUAGUCUUAUAGUAUGAUUUAAUUAAAUACAUGUUCACCUUAUCAUACCAUACCUUCACUCCAUUUCUAAGGCCAUCAAACAAGACUCAAGGCACCAACUACUCUCCUAGAAACCAAAAUGUUUGGUAAUGGUAACUGUGAUGUUGAUAAUGAGAAAACCAUAGUCACUUCUAGCAAAUGGACACAGUGUGAGAUAGAUGAUCAUAAGGUUUCAAUGGCUUCUUCAACCGGUGGUAAUAGGGUUAUGGAAAAACCAGGUCAAGAGCUUCUUCAACAACAGCAACAAGCUUUGAGAUGUCCACGUUGUGAUUCAUCCAACACUAAAUUCUGUUACUACAAUAACUACAGUUUAACACAGCCAAGACACUUCUGCAAAGCCUGUAAAAGAUACUGGACAAGAGGUGGAACACUCAGAAAUGUUCCUGUUGGUGGUGGUUGCAGAAAAAACAAACGCCUUAAACGACCAACAUACUCUUGUUCCAACAACAACAACAUUGAUUCUUCUGCUUCUCCUUCUUCUUCAAAUCCUUCUAGUGUUGUUGCUAAUCCAAACCCUCCUUCUCAAUCUCAACAACAGCAACAGCAACAGCAGCAACAACAUCAUAGUUUUGAUAUUGCUGCUACCUCAAACCAUAUCAAUACUAUGCUUUAUGGUGGUAAUAACUCUUGUCAUGAUGUUAUGAAUUUUCCUUUUUCAACAAGGUUUAAUUCUACUAGAGUUUCAAAUCCAGUUUCUGGUUAUGAUAAUCUUCACCAGAAUGGUCUUGGAUUAGGUUUUUCAUCUGGGAUAUUAAUGUCUGCUGGAGUAGGAGUAGGAGGAGAAGGAGGAGAAGUUAAUCUUAAUCAUCAUCAUCAUCAUCAACAUCAUCAUGAUGAGGGUAGUUACAGAAAUGGGUUUAGUACUUCAAAUAAUAACAAUUACAGUUCCAUCUUUGGUUCUACUUCUACUUCAUCUACUCCUGUUAUGGCUUCUCUACUUAGCUCUACACUACUGCAACAGAAGUUCAUGAGUACUGGUGGUGGAAUAAAAGGUGGUAGUGGUGGUGGUGGUGGUGGUGAUGAUGAUGCUUUUCAUCAUCAUCAUGAGAUGGAUUCAAAAGAAGUGAAACUAGGUGAAGGGCUACAAAAUAGGUUGGAUCAGUGGAAUAUGAAUAACCUGAAUGGAAAUGGUGGUGCUGCUUUCCAAAACCAGAUGGAGAAUAUGGGUUUGUCUGAUAACAAUUCUUCUCUUUAUUGGAAUAAUAAUCACAACAGCAGCAACAACAACACAGCAGCAGCAGCAGCAGCAACAGGUUUGGGUAGUGUUUGGAGUACUGAUCAACCUGGUUCUAAUUCAGUUACAUCUCUGAUCUAGAAAGAUCAAAACAAAACUAUCUUAUUCUUAUCUCUUUUAGGCUUCUGUUUAUUGCUGAAAAAAUGCUGCUUUUUUUCUUCUUUUGGGGUCAAUUGGGUUUGGUUUACUUACAUUGAAAAAAAAAAUAGAGAAAAGGUGAGAGGGUUUAGGAUCAGAGAGAUCAUGUCAGCUGCAAAUACAUUAUACUAUUCUUCAACCUUGUUAGUUUUAUGUCUCAAGGUUGAGAAAUUUGUGCUGAGAGGAACCUCGGAUCCUCUUCUCUCAUCAUGUGUGUAACUCCAUGGAUGAAGAUCAAGAGUUGAAGGUUCUUCAUUUGGUGAGUACUACUACUGAGUACUGAGUAAGUUCAAGUUGGUCAUUUUCAUUUUCAUUAAUUUUGUAAUGUGUAUAUGCAAUGACAUAUGAAUAUCCUUUAUAAUGUAUUGUCAUUGGUUUCUUUGCUCAUGAAAGAAACUAAUGUUUGUUAACUUUCUUAACAUUUGGGAGAGGUUAGGUUAUGGAGAUUAUUGGGGUUGGGGGUAUAAUUAUGAAUGGUAUAGAAGAGGGGGUGAUUAUUAAUUAAUAUUCAUGUAUGUGGGAUUGAUUUGGUACUUUGGUGUGUGGUUUUUUUUUUUUAAUCUAUUAAGAAACUUUAUGUUCAUGCAAAGUGUAUUGUUGUUGUUGUUUUAUUAUUAUCUACUUUAGACAAUUGAUGUUAAAAGAGUAGUACAAUCAAGCACUAAGAUCCUGAAAUGGUGUGAAACUGUAUGUGGGCUAUGGUAGUCUGGCUCAAAACUGUUACACACAAUAGGAAUUUAAGCUGCAAAAUUUGAACUUUUGUGUUGUCUUUUAGUGCCAGGGAACAAUUCUUCUAUAUUCAAUUCAGGUGCCUAGAACUAGAUUCACAGUGAUAGGUGAAUAGGUGAUAGGAUUCAUCAACACUCAUGCAUUUUUUUUUUUGGUUCCAAUAUUCAUAGUCCUCUUAGAUCUAAUUUUUCAUUAGGCCUAUCUUUUUCCCAAGGUUAUCUAUAUUCUUAAGAGGUGUGGAAUUAAUCUUUUUGAAGGUUCUAAAGUUGAUACUACAUGCAUACUAUUUCACAUUAGAUAUUGAUUCCAAACUUCAUUAUUGCAUCUAAGGUUUGCUGUUUAUAGUUCAUGUCAUCUUAAUCUUUUUUACUUUUUGAUGCCUCCUUUUGUUUUUCUUUCUAAAGUCCUCCCAUCUUAAACACUUAAUUACCCAUGUCAUGCAUGCACUUAAACAGUCCCUAUAUAUUCAUACCCAUUCCAUGCACUUUUUUACACUAGGUGUGUUUUCAGUUCUAAAAGUAAUGUAAUUUUAAAUUAACUAAAUUCAGUUAAAGGGGUUGAAACAAAAAGUAAAUUAUUCUUAUUUAUAUUCGCAUAAUGUAGGGGGCAAAUCCAAGAUAAAAUAAGGAAUAAGAGAAUAAUGGAAAGUGAGAGAAUUAGGGUGAAAAUGGUGAUUUUUCAUUAACAGUUCAAAAUGAGGUAGAUAUACAACAAUACACAGUAAUAUAGCUAACAAACUAAUAGAAAAAAAAUUUAACUGCUACUAACCAGUUACAUGAAGCUUCUAAUAGGUUCUCUAAAAUUUCAUACAAUGGUAAUCGGUUACAUAAAAUUUAUGUUUGCUGCUGGAAGGGGUGGUAACCGACUACAACCUCAUUGUAAUGAGGUUACAUUAACUUGAAUUAGCAAAUUUCACAACCCAUAUAAUGCUAAAAUUCAUUCUCUUUAUAACCUUAGCUUAAAAAUCUAUUAUGGGUGUAACGUUAUUAUGUAUAACUAGUUUGAUACUCGUACUUUCGCACGGGUACUCGUCUUUUUCGUACAUUUGGAUUGAGGAUAAUAAAAUGUAUUAGUAAAAGACUAAAUUUUGGUUAAAAAUAAAGUUAUAAAAUUAUUAAACUCAAAUUAUGAUUAAACUCAAUUUUAUGUUUCUAAAAUCAUAUUUUCCUCACAAAACUAGUGAAUCAAAAGUUGCAUGAUGUAAAACAAAAAAAUAAAAGUGAGUUUCAUACUCUUGUAUUUCUUCAAUCUCUUGAACACUUCAAUUGUAACUCCUUUGGUUAACAAAUUGGUCACUUGAUAUUCACUUUUGCAAUACCCU